AGCACGAUUGUGCUUGGCUCUAAACAUGCAUUUCAAAAUAGCCCUUUUGGUCAGCGGUCUUUGUCUCGGCCUUUCCUCUGGUGACAAUGAGCCUCGCUCAAAAUUGCCAGUUCUUUAUCGAGUAGACCAGGCUUCAUCAAAUGUGGUGGUUUACCGUGGAGCUCAAGUGGACCAAGCCCGUGCUGCUGGACUCCUCCCGUCCAAGGGAUACAGCAAACCUACCCCUGAACCAUCUUAUCCCCCUCCCCCAAAAUACCCGCAACCCUCUUAUCCUGAACCACCAAAAUACCCGCAACCCUCUUAUCCUGAACCACCAAAAUACCCCCAGCCGUCUUAUCCUGAACCACCCCAAUAUCCUGAACCAACCACUACUACUACCACUACCACCACCACUUACGCUCCCCCAACCACAACCACUGAGGAACUUGUGACUUACCCUCCCACUACAACAACCGAGGCCUAUGAGCCUGAGCCCGCUCCUGCAUACCAACAACCUCGAGUGGUCUAUUAUCGCCCUGCCCCCACCUAUCCUCCCCAACCUGAGCCAACUUACCCUCCCCAACCCAAACCCACAUACCCACCUCAGCCCAAACCCACAUACCCACCUCAGCCAGAGCCCACUUAUCCCCCAGCCCCUGCUUACAAGCCCGCCCCUGCUUACAAGCCCGUCCCUGCCUACAAGCCCGCCCCCGCUUAUCAGGAACCCGCUUACCCAGACGUGCCUGCCAAAUAUGACUGGGAAUACCAAGUGAAAGACGAUUACUCCAAGAACGACUUUGGCCACAAGGAGUCUCGAGAUGGUUACCUUACCAAUGGCGAGUACUACGUGCUUCUCCCCGAUGGGCGUCGACAAACUGUCACCUAUGUGGCGGAUCAGAACGGAUACGUGCCCGAUGUUGUUUACGAGGGUGAGGCCCAAUAUCCCCAGGAACCCAAAUACAAACCGGCACCCAAAUACGAGGCUUAACCAUGAGCAAUCUUACGUCAAAUUAUGUCCGUGAAACACCAUUAAUUUAUAAUGAAAAAUAAGAGUCUUCAUUUGGCUGGUUUCUUAAUAAAGCUCUUGAGCCCUGAAGUUAAUCCCUCUGGACUUUCCUUGUUAUACAGACAAACCAUCUUUAAUG